AUGCCAAGGCUCGCUGAUAUACGUCGACUAGAUCGAUGGGUUUCUGCCGACCCAACAAAUCAGUUGUGCGCUGUCCGCGCCAUAACAGCAGUUAUCGAAAAACGUAUCGCUCGUAUCCCCGGUUAUGAACGUGUGGAAUGUGCUGUGUCGUUUCAUUUGUAUGUCAACACUUGCGCUUGGCAGGAAGAUCCUGAGCCUUGCAUGUACGAAGUGAACGCCAUUAUGUUGUAUAUGCGACAAAUACCCGGCGUGCGCGGUGGUGUGUUGGUUUUGGACGUACCGCAACUCUUUUGGCUGUUGGUCGAUUCAGCCACACCAUCAUCGCCAUUUCUGGAGAUUUGGUUGGUAUUAUCGGGUCAGCACUGCCACUAUUUUGAUCCAACGGGGCAAUAUCGAUUUGUUGAACGUGACUAUGAAAUUGGUUAUGUUUUUGAUCGUAAGGAAUCGAUAGGCCAAGACUUUUACGAUUUCACUUCACUUGAUUUGCCAUUGUUUUUGGCGGAGGAUUUGGCUAUAACUGAUGUGGCUGACUUCUUGACUGUCGACGUUAGCAAUUGGAUAACUAUCGGUACGAUCGACAAUAGUCCUUAUUCUUCUGAUGAUUUCGACUGGGCCACUGAUUCAGCUGUAAAGUGGAAUGAAUCACGAACACGAUUGCGUUUGGACCCUGUUAAACUUUAUUCGCCACGAUCGUAUGCUGAACCUUGGAAAGCCUUACUUGGCCCACAAGUCGAUCAUGUCGAAAAUUGGGUUCAAAAAUCUGCUGUUCAGCAAGUCAAGAUUGACGUUACCGCUGAUAAGAAUUGA